AUGCCACUGUGCAAGUCUGGGUGUCUUUCGACAUUGCUUGGGAGUUUUAGGAAAGACAGACAUGCAGAGGAGGGAAGGCACGAGGCAGACGACCAAAAAGUCGAGGAAAAUGACGAGAGCACCCCUGCAAAAGGCUAUCCCAGCAGUGACGCUGCUGGCAACGUUAGUCAAACUACAGAAUUGCGACAAGAUGAUGGAUUACAUGCUACUGAUGACAAGACUACCAGUGACGCUGGUGGACACCGUGGACAACAGGCCAUUAACCAGGCGGAUUCUAUUCACAAAGCUCUCUGGGACAAGGCCUAUAACAACCUCAAAAAUGACCCGGCAAAGAAAGAAUACGUUUCAAGGUAUGAGGAUCUGCUUCAAAGGGUGUUUCUGAGCCAGUACACGGCCGAGAAAGUAGUCGAAACGAAUGAGUCUUCUCAACACCUCGGAGAAGAACAAAUGAAAAAAGUGGUCGAAGAACGCCUUUCGAGAAUUGAGAAAUACAAGAAAGCUAUUGAGCAUUCGGAGAGCACUAUCAAUGUGAUCAAGCAGGUCAAAUCCAUUCUUGACAUCCCUCUGAAGAAUGUCUCUCAGACUGCACUGCCGUGGGCCGUCAUCUCAUCAAGCGUUGAUAUAUUGCUCAAGCCAGUCAGCGCUGGAGCAGCUCUCUACAACGGCGUAGCUUAUGCGGUUUCUAGAAUCGAGUGGUACUCGAAAUUGACCAACAAACUUCUAUGUGAGGACAGCAUAAAAGAUGAUCAGUCGCUACACAGAAUACGAGAGGACGUAGCUGGGCGAAUCACGUCGUUGUAUGAGUCACUGCUGUUCUAUCAAAUCAAGAGCGUCUGUUUCUAUUACAAAAGGUAUCAGCUCCUAGUGUGGGCUCGCGGAUUGCUGGACCUGGACGAUUGGAGUGGCGAUCUCAAACACAUUCAAGAGGCAGAAGAUGCUCUUGCCAGGGAUUGCGCGCUUUUUGACAUGGAAUACAUGAAGGGUCAAAUGAGAGCGAUGAUCAUGGAUACCGAGACAGCGGAAGACUCCCAGGAGUUUCAGAAGCGUCUGCAGGCUAUACGCCGCGUGGAUCCGCAGGCUACCGUAAAAACCAUCGAAAGCUUAAAAGAGAGUGUCAUGGAUGACCUAUAUACCUGGAUUUUUGAUACUGAGCAAUCCAAGGGCUUUAUGUGUUGGGAAGAGCACGGGCCUAGACGACUUUGGAUCAGUGGGCAGGCUGGAACUGGAAAGACAAUGCUUUCAAUAGGCACUAUAAAAGAACUGCAAACACGGGGUCUCAGGGAUCCAGUGGCCCCCACGAUCCUAUACUUCUUCUGCCAACACACCCAUGCAGAUUUGAACAACGGGGUUGCAGUACUCCAAAGCCUGGUGUGGAUGCUUCUCCGGCAACAGCCCCACUUAAGCUCACACCUUGACGAGCAAUUCUCUCAUUCAGGACAGAAAUUCAUCAGUGAUUGCAACUCAUUCGCUACAUGGUGUGAUCUGUUGACAAGCGUGCUGAUAGAUUCAGCUCGUGUCAUAAUUGCCGUCGACGCUCUUGAUGAAUGUGAGGAAGGUUCGCGCAGGCAACUAUUGCGAUUCAUGAACGGGAUUAUUAAUAAGGAAAGAAUGUCCCAUGUCAAAUGGUUCAUUACCAGUCGGCCACUAUUGGAGAUUCCAGACAGCCGACCUGAGACAACACUACAAUACCAUAGGCUUCUGCUGCUGGAUGAUCAGAACCUCAUUCCCUGGAUAAACGCUUAUAUCGACCGGAAGGUCCAGGUGCUUCGAGACAAAGCUCAGAACCAAGAGCGUGUUGAUAGGAUAAAAGAUCAGUUACAUGACCGAGCCAGCAACACGUAUAUCUGGGUUUCUUUAGUAUUCGAGGAGAUAGAAAAUGCACCCGAGGCCCGGUGGCAGAAAGUCAUUGAAGAUACCCCACGGCAGCUGAAUGAGUUAUAUGAUUAUCUGCUCAGGCAACUGCCCUGGCCGGAAUGCAAAUCCGUUCUGUGUGUUGCAAUGGUGGCACGCCGGCCUUUGUCUUUGUGGGAAAUUGAGCAACUUACGGGAAUGGAAACAGGUGUCAAUGCAGGAAGGGACUAUGUAACUGGGUGCAGGUCGUUCCUGAGUAUCCGUGGCGAGAUGGUGUAUUUCAUCCACCAAUCUGCUCAAGACUGGCUACUUUUGAACCAGCACCAGCUUCGUGACGGAUUUCCACAAGACCAUGGCGUGCUUGAGAAGUGCAUUCAUCGCGAAAUCCUCGAAAACUCAAUAGAAGGAAUGAGGAAGACGUUGAGCGAGAACAUAUAUCAGCUUCCUCACUAUGGCAUUGCUUUAGAAGAGAUUGAAACUCCCUCACAAGAUCCACUUGCACCGAUUCGCUACGCUUGUCAAUACUGGGCCUUCCACCUCAAGGAAGGUGAGGUCAAGACAGAUAUUGACCUGCUUGGCUUUUUACGUCAGCGCUUUCUUCACUGGCUGGAGGCGUUGGCGUUCAUGAGAAUUAUGCCCGAAACAGUGGGAAUUAUUGACAUGUUAAGUUCCACGCCCGCAAUGACGUCAAACCCUGAAGUACGCGAAUUUUUGCUGGAUGCAAAGCGAUUUGUCUGGAGGCACCAACAAUUGAUUAUGACCGUACCACUCCAAGUUUACGUAUCUGCGCUUAUAUUUACACCAAAGGCCAGCUUAGUGCGGGAAACAGGAAGUAUCCCGAAAUGGAUCGACCAGGGACCAAGCUUGGAAGAGGAUUGGGGGCCUCUUUUACAAACCUUCACAUUUUCUAUGCAUGCUUUUAAAACGUGUUCUGUCUCCUGGUCACCUGACGAUCAAUUAAUUGCAGGUUUCUCAAAUGGUUUCCCAGUUGGUUUCUCAAAUGGUUUCUCAGAUGGUUUCUCGGAAGGAGAGUUGAGGAUAUGGGAUGCAAGAACAGGAAGAAUGGUCAGGGAGAUUGAGGUUGAGGAGGAUCUCAGGUCGGAGCAUGAUUAUAUGGCGGAGAAAGAUGUGCCUUGCGUCACCUUCACCCCAGACGGUCAAUUGUUGCUCGCACUAACACUGUAUAAAGUGUAUAUGUGGGAUACAGCUACAUGGGAAAUCUCGCAUAUAGUGGAAUGCCCAAGUGCUACGAAGAGAUUUGCGGUAUCUCCCAAUAGCCAGUUACUCGCGUGCUUCCGAAAUGACGAAAGAAUAGACCUAUGGCAGAGAAAUGGCACCUUAUGGACUUUGAAGUGGACAUACCAGAGCCCAUUGGGAAGGCCGGAACCUGAGCUACCGUCGGGUCUGUCGUUCUCAUUUGAUAACCGCCUACUCGCUUCUACUAUAGGUUUCAGCAGCAUAGGGUUUUUGGACACUGAACUUGGCGAAUUACAGGGAGAAAUCGUGCAUAGGGGGGUGACUGCAAUCAAGUUUUCUAGGGACGGCAAACUUUUGCUACAUUCAGCUAAGACUGUCGAGAUAUGGCGGCAAAGAGACGGGUGGGAACUGGACCGCAAGAUUGAUUUACCAGGGUCAUUCGAAAGUUUUGCAGUUUCUCCCGAUGACAGGCUUAUUGCACUAGCAAAAGCUCAUUAUUCGACAAUUCAAGUGGUAGAGACAGGGGAGGGUGUCCUGGUGCAAACUCUGGGGGGUCACACAGACAGGGUUGACAAUUUAGCCUUCUCUUCAGACAGCCAAUCUCUUGUGUCCAGUGGAAGGGAUAAUAUCAAAGUAUGGAGAAUUGUACCUGGAAAGCUCGACAAAGCCCCAUUUGAACAACGUGAAUCGAUCAGAGAGGUGGCACUCUCUGCCCGGUUCGUGACAUUGAAUUUUGGGGGUGUGAUCGAAACACGGAAUGAAGAUACAGGAGAGCAUCAAAGAACAUUCAGUGCACCUGGUUAUCGUGAUUCUGACUGGGACGUGACUGUUUACGACGUGGCUGUUUCCCCAGACGAAAAGCUGAUGGCAUGGCCAUCUCACGACGGGUCCAUCAAGGUGUCGAACGCAGAGACGGGACAGAUUAUUGCGACACUAAAGAAAAGACUGCCAUAUGGAAACUUUUGCUCAGUGUCUAAAAUAGUAUUCUCUUCCAACAGUAAACUACUGGGCUGGUUAGACGACAAGGGGACUGUUCGGGUAUGGAGCAUACGACAUUGCAGCCUUUUGAAAUCGUAUCGAUGGGGAGUAGUUAAUGAUUUUGUUCUUCAUCGAUGGGGACGGGAAAAAUUGUCACUCAUUCUCCAAUCUCUGCAGAAUGAGCUCACCAUGAGUGAGGAAGUUGGAUGCAGUCCAGAGGAUUGCCUCUCCCAAGAUGAUGCCGCACAUACUCCAAGAAUCGCCAUUGAAGAUGAUUGGGUGGUCUUGGGGGAGCAGAAAAGCAUCUGGUUGCCUCCAGAAUAUCGGCCUGGGAGGUUUGAUGGCGGCUGGGAUACUCAAAACGAUGUACUUUUUAUUGGACUUAGCUCUGGCGGAUUUUACUCCAUUCGGUUCAACCCCCACGAGAUGUCAGCUGGGCAAUUGCAACGGGACGAUGCUGAGGAAGAUUAUGAUGCCGACAGCUCAAGUGACUCAUCGCUUUAUUAUCUUUAUCUUCAUGACGAAUCUGCCAGCGACGGUCUUUCUUCGGACUCGGGAUACUUGGCUGAUGCGGAAUGA